AAUGAUUAUGUCUCUAGCCCCCCAAAAUUCCCUGACCAGACGGGUCUCUUAGCUCCCUCUCUUUGUCCCCACGGGAAGAGAGACCAUGGAACCACUCUAUCGGGCUGGGUCCAUCCUCAUGAAGGUGAACACUUUACAAGGGAAGAAGAUGGUGGAGAGCGGCCUCCAGUCCGGAGACUUUUCCCUCCCUCAGUCGUGGCCUUCCUGCUUCCCGCCGCCAGCGGAUCUGGAGAUCCUGCAGCAGAAGGUGGCCGGGGUGCAGCGGGAGCUGGCCGACUUCAAGAAGGAGGCGCUGCAGGCCAUCCGUGACCUGGAGGUCGCCUUCUGCGAGCUGAACGGGGCGCUGGCGCAGCAGGAGGAGCAGGCGGCCCGCGUGAAGCAGCGGCUCAGGGAGGAGGAGGACCGCGGCGUCGUGCGGAAUAAGGUCCUCACCUUCCUGCUGCCCCGCGAGAAGCAGCUCCGGGAGCACUGCAGGCGGCUGGAGCGCAUGCUGCUGGGCUCCAACCGCGACGCGCUGGCCAGUCCCAGGAAGAUCCAGGCAAACUGAGGCCUCCUUGCGGCCGAGCGGCCAAGUGGAAGAUUUUUUUUUCUUUUUUGUUUUUUAAUGGAGGGGCCAACCUAAGUCCCUCUCCAUUUGCUACCCUUUCCCCAUUCCCAUUGCUUUCCUUCCACCUCAAUAACACCUUGCUGAGAGGCGAAAAGACCCCAGUAUGUUCUUUAGGUGAAGCUCCCGUUCGCCCAGCAUCACAGGAGGCACCCAAUCCUCAGUCUUUCAGACACCUGUAACUUUCACCGUUAACUGUUUUCCUGUUUGUCAUGGUAAUAUUGCUCAAAUGUAUAACAUGAUUUUUUUUUUUUUUUAAUCUUCUUAAACCGAUGUGUUGAACAGA